AUGGACCCAUGUGACACAAGGGCUCAGCAGCCAGAGGUGGUGGAGGUGCCACAGGGGGAGAAGUCUGUCGUGCUGCCCUUUAAGACCACAGCUGACCUUCCUGAGAACGUCACAGUGGAGUGGACACUCACUGAACCCAAACAAAUGAAGGUCCACGUGUAUGAGAGUGGAAAUAAUCAGCCUGUCAAACAGGACCAGGGUUACAGAGGUCGCACAGAGAUGGAUGAAGAUCCACUGAGAACUGGAAACUUCAGUCUGACUCUGAAAGACCUCCACCUCACUGACAGUGGAGUCUACACCUGCACCGUCUACAACAAGGAUGGACACAAGCUGCUACAGAAAUCAGUGAUACUCAGUGUCAGAGUCAACAAAGUAGAGGCAGUGGAGGUGCCAGAGGGGGAGGGGUCUGUCCUGCUGGCCUUUAAGACCACAGCUGACCUUCUUCAGGCUGUCACAGUGGAGUGGACACAACAACAUGAAGGAACAGGAGCCAAGAACAGGAACGUCUGA